AUGAACCCAGUAGUAGACCCCCUAGUCGCGGCGGAAAGCUUUGACCCGGAAAAGGAUAAUGACAUAGCUGAGGAUGAGAAUAAACCAGUUUACCCCAAAACAGACAGCCAACGAGCACGUCUGAGCAAUGCAGUGAAGGAAAUUUUAUUGUUUCGUUGCUUGGAUGAGGUUGCCUCGUUCAAAGCAAAACAGUUGAUCUCAGCGUACGCUUUAUUUUUAUUCCUAAUCAUACAGGAACAAAAAUCCUAUGUGAUAGACGCAAUGCAAGAAAAACAAGUGAAAGCCGGCGAUACCGUAAUCUCACAAGGCGAUGACGGGGACAAUUUUUACGUUGUGGAGUCCGGGACCUAUGACAUUUAUGUUCGCUCGUCGUCAGAUCCACCCACGGAAUUGGGUAAAAAAGUGGGUUCCUAUGUGGACCAUGGAUCGUUUGGUGAACUGGCCCUAAUGUACAACACAUCGCGUGCCGCAACCAUUAAGGCAGCAACGGAUGGAAUUUUGUGGCUUAUGGACCGAAACACGUUCCGGCGAAUCGUGCUCAAAGCUGCAUUUCUCAAACGGCAACUGUAUGAGAAUUUGAUCGAGGAGGUUCCCUUACUGAAGGAAUUGAGCGCGUACGAGCGAAUCAGUGUGGCCGAUGCGCUCCAAUCUCGUGUCUAUCCGGACAACGCUGCAAUAAUCACGCAAGGGGAGCCGGGAAAAGAAAUGUUUUUCAUUGAGUCCGGUGCAGUGAGAAUAGUUGUUCGUGAGAAAAACAAAGAAGUGGAAGUGAAUAAACUGGAGAAAGGUGCUUACUUCGGCGAACUGGCUCUAAUUGCGAAGAAACCACGUGCUGCAUCGGUCUUUGCAGUUGGUAAAACACGAGUGGCUGUCUUGGACGUCGCGAGCUUUGAAAGGCUCAUGGGUCCGUGUCAAGAAGUAAUGCAACGCAAUAUCGACACUUAUGAAAAACAACUAAAAGAACUUCUUGGAUCCGACUAUCACCUGAUGAGUAAAACUGGUAAAUAA